ACAUGAAAAAUUUAUAUCCAACCGUCCUCGAAAUUAAGUAAUCAGCGGGGAAUCUAUAUCAUAAAUGUAUAAAUAUUAAAGUUUGUCAAUCUCGCUUACUUUCAUUUUUAAAAAGUACGGGAAAAGGUACAUUUUGAGUUUUAAAAAAUGUACUUGGUUGUCUUUAGCUGUAUUUUUCUGAGCGUCUCCUUGCAAGCGCACUGUUAUCUGUGUCCAGAUAAUGAUUUGAACUGCAAUGAGUGGAAAAAAUACUUGGUAGAUGAACACAACAGGGUUCGACAAGAGGCUUCAAGAGAACUCGGUUUGCUGACAUGGAACUCGACACUGGCGGAUCAUGCCUUGACUUACGCGCGUAAAUGCUACAGAAAUCACUCCGAUUACAAAGAAAGGAUCCGGCUGACUGACUCCUGUGGCUGGAUAGGAGAGAACGGCUGGAGUGGAUACGGAACAGUGUCUGGAGACGAUGCAACUCGAGCCUUUGAGAACGAAAAACGUUACUGGAAUUACACACUUCGCAAGUGUAACGAGAACUGGAAAAAAUGCGGCCAUUACAAGCUGGUGAUCGCACCAAAGAUGGCCCAGCUGGGGUGUGGUCGAGCGAGGUGUGGUGAUGGCAAGCUUAUAAGAAUAUGGUGCUGGUACGGCCGUCUGUGCAAUGAUUCGAAAAAGCGGGAAGUUCAAAGGUUGUUCGGACUCGGUUCCGUAGAUCAGCUGUACGAAUUUGUUAGAGCCCUUAACCGCCAGAACCGUGCUCCUGUAGCACCACCUACAGGUAAUCCACAACCUGAUCACAUACUCCAGGGUGAUGAGCUGGUGCCUCCAGAAGAUUCCGAUGAAAGCUCCGAAGAAAAAGAAGAAGAAAUUUAGUAAAACAAAAAUUUGAGUAUAUUCCAGAAGAUGACCGUAUAUUUAGUUUAAAAGAUUGAAAACUAAAUUGAAAUAAACAGAUUGACUAUCAA